AGCGAGCAGCAAAGACGGACAAUCCUUGUGAAGGAUAGCUAGCUUGGUCCAGCGGAAGAGCUUCUGAGAAGGCAUGGUGCAUUACAUUUAGUUCUGACUUGUUCGAUUACAGUGGCGAGUGGUUGAAAUAGGGUGAGUAUCGGUCUUACUCGGUAGUGCGACACGGACAGUCGUAUCUGUAUUCUGUCGUCCUUCCUUCCCGUUUGGUUCUUUGUUUCGUGACGUGAUUUCUCUGCAGACGCCUGUUCUUCGACGAAGACUUGAUACUCCUCGCGCCGCUCGUUGUGUCGAGAACUGAUCCCUCCUUGGCGACUAUAUUCUCUUUCCUUACGCCACGUUGCCGACAGUCCGGUCUUCCACACACACACACACACACACACACACACACACACACACAGAGAGAGAGAUGGCGUCAGAGAAGGCACGUGCUGGAGCAGAACAGAUGAAGGAGGCCGGGCGGGAAGGAUACGAGGAAGGGAAGGGGUCUGCACAGGAGAAGUACGAGCACGCGAAGGGAACUGUUGGCGCCAAGACGCAGGAAGCCAAACAGGCUAUAGAGGAACAGAAGCAGCGAGCUGCGGAAUCGAUGCAGGAGCAGCAGGAGAAAGCCGUGGGCGCCAUGCAAAGCCUGAAGGAGAAGGCAGGCGCAGCUAUGGAGGGUCUGAAGGAGAAGGUCGGGAUGGGAGGAGGCUGUCUCUUAUACACAUCUAGAUGUGUAUAAGAGACAGGGAUGGGAGGAGGGGCAGGAGCAGGCGAGGGAGGGCAGUGAGAAAGGAAGCAGAAGGGUUGCCUUCUGCGAGCCACGGGUCAACGAGAUGGGUAAGGGAGAUCUUCAGUGCCGGCAUCGAGUCUCCGGCUUUCAAUGAAUUUGGUCGUAAUGGAGGUCAAACGCAGAUAAGCAUAGCUUUUAUAACCGUGGGGUAGGGGGCUGAGUUCUCCUGUUCAAAUCUGACCUGAAACCAAGUUUAUGUUUGAAUCUGACCUGGAAACGAGACGCAAUACAGAUGCAAUACAGCGCUGGAUUGGCACUUUUUGGCGGAAUAGAAUCUUACCUCCGUCAUUCUUACCUGGGCAGAGUUCCGCAGCGGAGCACGGAGGGUUCUGAAAUGCCAUGACUUUUUAGUUCACAGUUCACAGGUAUCUGGACUGCGUUCUGGAGCAGAUGCAUUCGCACUGGCGAAACACUUAUUACGCAUCGGGGUCGUCAUGAGGUCCAGAUACGUUUAGAGAGUCAUGUAGUGGAGCGAGGCCCAGUAUUUGGUAGGAAUUCGAUACUUGAUUGAUGUGUAGCUUUGGGCGCUGGGCCCGUGUAUAAGUAAUUGAAAUUCCGAGGCCUUAUAAAAGAAAGAGAAGUAAACAAGUAAUUGGCUA